UCAGUGUUGCGCCGGCUCUCGGAGGGAAAGGUCGCGUCGUCUCCGCCAAGAGCUAACUGGCACGUGUGAUAUUACGACUCGCGAUCUCAGUGAACAUGAGUAUUCGCCCCUGCGUGUUUUUGGAUUUCUUCGAAAUACUAACAAUAAGUGAUAGAGUGUGCAUUAUGUAAAUGUGAUUCAAUAGUGAAGAUGCGGAGCUUGUUUUCAUUUUAUCGCGGCCGGUGAACGGAGCCGUAGUAAUGUGGAAGUGCCUGGCCGUGUUGUGUGUGUGGUGGUCGGUGGGCGAAGGGGUCCGGCAGCCGCCGCUGAUCGUGCCAUUGUGCUGCCCGCCGGAGCAUGUGUUUGCGCCGGCCCCGCUGCGGACGCAGAUCCUUGCCGAGGGCGAUGCAGCACGCGCAUGCAGGCCCGCGGGCGCGCCGGUCACCUGGUCGCCGCGGGUGUUCGCGCCGGCCCGCGGCACCAUGCUGCCGCGCCUGCCGGCUAACUGGAAGCUCGGCGCCGGCAUGCUGCCCGAGUGCGGGCCGCUGCGCGUGCUGCACGAGCACGCCGCUCCCUACGCCUUACUCGCUAACAAUGGGUCGUUGUGGGUUCGAGACGCCGCUCUGCUUCUGCCUCCCGACCGAUACUGUACGGACGCAGCCGCUGCGUUGGUAUGUUUGGAAGACGCUCCGCAGCCGCCCGCUAAGUGCUGCCAGCAGGGCUGGACAUUUGACAGUGGCCGUUGCGUGGAGAACGAAGACGGGGCGUUGAAGGCGCUGGAGGAGCUGCGCUUGCUCGUCAACGGCAGCUCGGUGGGACUCGGGUUUCCAGCUUGUCCCGAGGGCUCGCACUACUCCGAGGUGGGAGCACUGCAGGGUGCUCGGCUGGAGGGGGGCGGUGCGCUGCGGCUGGCGGAUGAGGUGCUGGCGGCGGGCGCGUGGUGUGCGGACGGCGUGGCGGGCGAGAACGGAGCGCGCGUUCUUGCGUGCACGGGCGCGGCGCGAGCGGCGCGGCCAGCGCAGGCGGCGCGCCACGCGCUGUACGGCGCUGGGCUGGCAGUGGGCGCGGCGUUCCUGGCCGCGACGCUGGCAGCCGGGUUCGCGCUACCGGCCGCACACCACGCCCUGCACUGGCGCUGCCAGACGCACUACGUGGCUGCGCUCAUGCUGGGCGACGUCUUGCUCGCCGCCACACAGCUCGCUUCCGAUCAAGUACCGCCCACGCUCUGCCGAGCGCUAGCGGUGUGCAUGCACUUCUUGUUCCUCUCCGCGUUCUUCUGGCUCAACACCAUGUGCUUCAACAUCUGGUGGACCUUCCGCGACUUCCGUCCGACGAGCCUGGAGCGCGGGCAGGAGGCGUGGCGCCUGCGAGUGUACAUGCUGUACGCGUGGGGGGGCCCGCUGGUGGUAGCCGGCGCGGCCGCGCUGCUCGACUCCCUGCCCCCCGACGGCUCCGGGGCCAACUUCCUGAGACCACGCUUCGCCGUGCAGAGAUGUUGGUUCUACGGCGACAUGGAGAUUUUGGUGUACUUCUUCGGGCCGGUGGGCGUGCUGUUGUUCGUGAACCUGGCGCUCUUCGUGUCUACCACGAGACAGCUCACCUGCGGCCUCUGGCGGCGCGACGAAGUCAAGUCCACUUCAGAAAGGGCAGCUCUGGGUCGCGUGUGCGCUAAGCUGGUGGUGGUGAUGGGAGUGACGUGGGGAGCAGACGUGGUGUCGUGGGCGGCGGGCGGCCCCGACUAUGUGUGGUAUGCCACAGACUUGCUCAAUGCACUGCAAGGCGUCUUCAUCUUCCUCGUGGUGGGCUGCCAGCCCCACGCGUGGGCGGCCCUCAAGCGGCUCGCCUCCAGCAUCUGCUGCGGCAAGUGUCGCUCGGAGCCCAGCGCCGCUACACGAGCCACUCACUCCUCCACCCAUCUCCCCUCGUGUGGGGAGUCCCUCACGCACACGACCGCUGCGCCCCCAGCGCCCCCCUCCUCUAAUGGUACAAACAACAAAAUCCCUAUGGAGACCGUGUGCUGAAUGAAGGAACAUAAACUGAGCACUACUCUAUUACGAGGGUGAAUGUUGCUGUUACAGACGCAUGAACAGCUAAACGAAUAGUGUCUUGACUGUGAACUGCCGUGAUAGCCGCGUGACAUUGCACUAAUAGUUGGGUGUAUUGUGAACAAAAAUUUGUGAAAUGACACUGAUAAGUGGACAGCUUUAAUAUACGGUUCGUAUUUAUUCA